AUGUUAUCGAUAUUGACAAACUCUAAACUGUUGUGGGGGCUGUGGCAACUUGUGAGCUACUGUAGUUCGCGAACGACGCUACCUCUGGUGUUGGCAACGGGCGUUGUGUUCCUGGCAACACGGCUGAUGGCUGUGCUCCGAGAGAUGCGCAAACUACCCCCGGGGCCCUGGGGUCCUCCGGUCGUCGGCUAUCUACCCUUCCUCGGUAUCCGCCACAAAACCUUCUUGGAGCUCGCGCGAAGCUACGGCGCUCUGUUCUCCGCCCGCCUCGGGAAUCAGUUGACGGUCGUCCUUAGCGACUACAAACUCAUUAGGGAGGCUUUCCGCCGUGAAGAAUUCACUGGUCGCCCCAGCACUCCGCUGAUGCACACCUUAGAUGGUCUCGGUAUCAUCAACAGUGAAGGUAGACUGUGGAAAAGCCAGCGCCGGUUCCUGCACGAGAAACUCCGCGAGUUUGGCAUGACUUACAUGGGCAACGGCAAGAAAAUCAUGGAGGGCAGAAUCAAGAGCGAGGUUUACGAGCUGAUAGAGAACUUGCAACGAACGGAAGGCGCGCCUAUAGACGCAAACCCGUUGCUCGCUUUAGGAGUGUCCAAUGUUAUUUGCGGAAUCACGAUGUCCGUACGAUUCAGUCAUGGCGAUUCACGCUUCGAGAGGCUCAACCAUCUCAUUGAAGAGGGCAUGCGGCUGUUCGGCGAAAUACAUUAUGGAGAAUAUAUACCACUAUAUAAUUAUCUUCCUGGCAAGGCUCAGGCCCAGGAGAAAGUGGUCAAAAACCGUGAAGAAAUGUUCGCAUUUUACCAGACUUUGAUCGAUGAACAUCGCGACACUCUCGAUCUAAACAAAGCUAGAGAUCUUAUUGAUGUUUAUCUUAUUGAAAUCGAAAAGGCGAAAAAUGAAGGCAGAGCCGGUGAACUAUUUGAAGGGCGAGAUCACGAACUACAAAUUAAGCAAAUUCUCGGAGAUCUUUUCUCAGCCGGAAUGGAAACUAUCAAGUCUUCGCUUUUAUGGAUGAUCGUGUUUAUGUUGAGAAAUCCCGAUGUGAAGAGACGAGUUCAAGAGGAAUUAGACCGUGUCGUUGGUCGGGAGCGUUUACCCACCAUUGAGGACAUGCCAAAUCUCCCAUACACCGAGACCACAAUUUUAGAAACUUUGCGGAUGUCUAGCAUUGUUCCUCUGGCUACAACACACUCUCCCACAAAGGACGUUCAUCUCAACGGCUACAGAAUCCCAGCGGGUUCUCAAGUUGUUCCUCUCAUCAACUGCGUCCACAUGGACCCAAAACUUUGGGACGAGCCGAACAAGUUCAAUCCAAGCAGAUUUAUCGACGACACCGGAAAAAUCAAGCGCCCGGAAUACUUCAUGCCUUUCGGGGUUGGUCGCCGUAUGUGCCUUGGUGACGUCCUCGCCCGUAUGGAGAUGUUUAUGUUUUUCGCUAGUAUGAUGCAUCAAUUUGACGUACAAAUGGAAGCAGGUGACGCUCCCCCAUCAUUGGAAGGCACGGUGGGGGCCACUAUUUCACCCCAAGCGUUUCGAGUACGCUUCUUGCCGCGGAUGAUGCUCAGCACCCCAACUCUUGGACCCGACCACCCCCAUCUGCGCCAUGUUGGAGCCCAC